GUAUAAAUUAUGUGGAGUUCGGGUUGUGCAACGUACUGAAGUGGACGUGUUUUUCCGCUCCGUGAUAUAGCCUUCAAAUACAUGUGUUUUUUUUUAUCGUUUAACAAUUAUGUGAUUCGUGAACGGGUGAAAGUUUAUCUGUUCUGCUCUACUGAUUAGAAAACCUGUGAAAUUUUGUUUGAUUCCAUGAAAAAAAACUAAAAAAUUAAAUAGGUGUCAUGGCAUCAAUCGGACGAAGCCAAAAUGGCGUCAGCUCGCAUUUUUUAGUGAAAAUUCUUUCUGUAUGUUGUGCUCUCGGUGUGUUUUUAAUCGUCGCGCUCUCGGUUCCGAAUUAUGCUCACUAUCGUUGCACUCUAGAUUUCGCAUUAUGACGUGCUCCCUUGUCGCGUGUGUACAGUGUUGUGGCAAAAAUAUACUUACAGUGUAUGUCUCUAUUGAAAUACCGGACGUCAACUAAACCUUGUUACUUUUUUAUUCUAAUUUCUGUGAUGUAACAAACACGAAACAUCGUAUACCUUUUUCGAGCUGGUUUCUGUAGAAUUAGCACCCUUCAUAACUUUAUCAAUCAGAGCGCGUCGCUGGGCUGAGUGCAAAGUGGACAUAAGCCACAUGAGAACAAGCACUGAUAGCGUGGCUUAUACGUUACUUCUCACAAACUCUCUCGCCGCACAAGUUUGAUAUAACUAUCCUCACUUGAUCUGCCGAUUCAUGUCAUAGACCACGCCGCCGCUCGCAAGUUCUUCUAACGCUGCUAUCUCUGGUCAAGGCAGCGUCGAAAUAUUACGACGGCCCGAUUCGACCGUACGAGUUUGGCUUCAAUAUCGAAGGUCAUCACCAUCGGAAGGAGUCGAAAGAUUUGAAUGGCAUAAUAAUGGGUGAGUUUGGGUUCGUGACGGCGGACAAUGUUUACCACGUGACGGUCUACGCCACCGACGAGAAUGGAAAUUUCAAAAUUGUCAGCAUGAAGAACUACAAGUUAGGUCCCAUUAUGCCCCCCACUGCCGGUAAAACAAAAGCAACGACGACCCCAUCGACAACACCCCAACCGUUCAGAAUAAUCACCACUGCCAAACCACCAAUGUCUUCACGGCCAGCUGCAGUUGCAGGUUGCUCAGGAUGUCGGAUUCCAGAAACAACUACAGUCGCAAAACAACAGCCAACGGAUUCCACAUUACCCGAAACCAGCACUCAAUAUGUUCCUCCUUUCAAAAUAGUUAACAAAAACGAUUUGGAAAGCAUCACGACAACGAUCGCGCCAAAAUUAUUCAUGACCACCCAGGUUGCGGGCGGUUCUUCAAAGGAAACCCCACAGAAGCUGAUCGUCAAGCAGCAAAGUUCGAAAGAGUCGACAAACGAUGUGAAAUCCCCCAAUGCUAUGCAAUCAUUAAGCAAAACGCCACAAUUACAGACAAGUGCAGAGAAGACGGCACAGAAAACCAGUCAGCCUUCGAAACCUUCAUCGGCUACACCGUCCGGUUCCGGUUCGACUGGUUCGAAGCUCGAUCAUACCGAAGCCGCAAAAAUGAUGAUUCAACACAUUCUGAACGGUUUGCUGUACCGGUUCAAUUACACCGUCGGUUAUCAUGGACACCACGAGCAAGGCGAUCGCGCGGGAAACAAGGAAGGCGGCUAUUUUGCGAUCGGUCGCGAUGGCGUGCGGCGUGGUGUGACGUACACGGCGAACGAGUUUGGAUUCCAGCCGCACAUCAAAUUCGACCAGGUUAGUCCCGAAGAAACGCCCCGGGAAGACACUGAAAAGCAAGCCGGACUCAAGGGGUUCGAUUUCAAAUGGUUCUGGGGAGAAUCGAGAUGAAUAUGGGACUAUUAUAGACGGGGAAUGAGGGCGAAAGUGUGAUCUAAAAAUGUAGCGAUUGACGAGUUUUUUAGGUUUAAGCAGGAGAAUUUAGAGUUUAAUUUCAUGAGAAAAUACUCAACGAUAUUUGCGACAUGUAAAUAAUCAUAUUUAUAGAACGAAUGUAAUAAUGAAAUAUACGA